AAUCAGAUAUUGGGAUGGAUUAUGCGAAAGGGGAUAUAUAGUUUCGAAACUCCUUGUAUGAAACUCGCGUUGUUGUUGUUUCCCACCUUCUUUCGUUCAACUCAGUCAUCAUGAAGUCCUUCGUUUCUGUCGCUAUUCUGCCUCUUGCGGUUCAGGCCGUGAGAAUCGUUCAGUCUAAUGAUGACGGCUGGGCAGAGUCUUAUAUCCGCACUUUCAAUGACGCUUUGAACAGCGCGGGUUACGAUGUUGUUCUCUCGGCUCCUGCAGAGAACAAGUCUGGCAGCAGCUCUAGGGAUGAGAAGCCCAAGGACCGCACCACAGCUUGUCAGUACGACAGCUGUCCCGCCAACAGCGGCCCUGUUGGUCAUGAUCCCAAGCGUCCUGAUCUUAACUGGGUCAACUCGUUCCCUGUCACUUCAAUGAAGUACGGUAUCGACACUUUUGGUCCUAGCUUGUGGGAUGGCGCUGCUCCUGAGCUUGCUGUCGCUGGUCCCAAUGUCGGAACAAACCUCUGGCUUCAAGUUCCUUUCUCUGGCACCGUAGGCGCAGCUUGCUAUGCCGCUCACGAUGUUGGCAUCCCAGCCAUUGCUUUCUCUGGAGCUUCAACCGGAAAUACAGCCUUCAACACCAGCCCCGUCCCCAAGCGUAGUCUAGUCUACGCUGAACUCGCGACCACUCUUGUAAAGAAGAUCGUCGACUCUGGAAAGCCUUACCUGCCUAAGGACGUCUAUCUCAACGUCAAUUUUGGCAAGGUUGAGGGUAAAUGCACUGAUGCGUCCAAAUUCCAGUGGGUGUUGACUCGCAUCAACACUGGUCUUCUGUCUGAGCGUGAUACUGAGUGGUGUGGUGAGGAUCGUCUCCCUACUGAGACUGAGAUUGCUCUUAAGGAUGGAUGUUAUGCUUCUAUUAGUGUUGGUGAUGCUGCUGAUAAGACGACUGCUGAUGCUACGCGACAGAAGGUUGUGUUGGGCAAGUUGAAGGACAUUCUUGUCUGUGUUGAUUAGAUAGCGAGUUAUCUGGGUAGAUUUGUAUGUAUAUAGACUAUAUUAGCAGAAUAAACUCAAUAUCUCAAA